AUGAUGAUAUCCGAUCUUCCACUGGAUUUAGAAUCAGAAAUUCUCUCUAGGGUUACGGCCAAGACUCUAAGCCAUAUUCGAUUUACUUGCAAACGAUGGUCCACCAACACCAGUAAGUACCGUAGACUCGUGGACCUCGUGGUAUGGAACCCUAGUACUGGUCAAACCAGGUGGAUCCAACGCAACAGAGGUCAUCGUUACACAGAUAAGUAUUUUCUAGGAUACGAGAAGAACAAAUCAUCUACCGGUAGCUACAAAAUCGUUGGAUUUAACUCUGAUUACGCUAACGCGAAAGAGGCCGUUGCUAGGAUUGAAAUAUAUGAAUCUAACUCUGAUGCAUGGAGGGUUGUUGAUGACGUAAGUGACUGGUACACGUGGUUCAAUGUUUCUCUUGGUGUGUGUGUGUCUUUGAAGGGAAAUACAUAUUGGUUUGAUUAUUAUUAUCAUUAUAAAGAAGAGUAUGCAGUUAGUUCCAUACUCAUGUUUGAUUUCACAACAGAGAGACUUGGACGUCUGUCUCUUCCUUUUCACACUCAUAAUUAUGGUGAUGAGACUGUGGUUCUGUCAGCUGUCAGAGAAGAGAAACUUGCGUUGUUGAGGUUUGAUAGAGUUUCAUUAGAGAUGAAGAUAUGGGUGACGACCAACACUAAGAUUGAUGAAGCCAAAGACUUGUCGUGGGGCGAUUUCUUAGUAGUGGAUUUCGGUAAACUUGAGAUAGAAAGUAUGAAGGGUAAGGUCAGUUUCUUGGUUGUGGACAAGGAGAAGAAAAUGGUCGUCUGUUGUGAUACUGCGAUGGGCGAUUAUGAUGAUGAUGAUGAAGAACAUACCAGAAUUUUCAUUGUUGGAGAGAAUAUGCAUAAACAAGUUUAUAAAGAGACUACAAAGAGAUCACAGUAUGAUCGGCCAUUUCUCCUCAGUUAUGUUCCAAGUUUGGUUCAAAUUCACCAACUGGAGGCAAAAGAAAAAAGUGAUUAG